AUGCCCCUCCCCGCCUACCGGAUCACCCCCGGCCCAAUGCCCCUCCCCGCCUCCACAAUCACCUCUGGUCUAAGACCACCCAAAACGCCCUCCUCUCCUCCUCCUCCACGGCACCACGACCUUUCUCUCCCCACACCACCGAACUCUACCACCCGUCACCUCCACCUCUCGGCCUCACCACCGUCUCCUCCGUCCUUCGGCUCUCCACCAAACAGCCACCACCACUACCGCACCCAACUCGAAACCCCACCACCGCAACUCCCUCACUCUGUCAGGGUGUUUACCGACGCCACCACUACCGCACCCACCUCGAAACCCCACCACUGCAACUCCCUCACUCCAUCAGCGUUUUUAAAAAAAGAAAAACAGCCGCGUACAGUGGGUUUCACACCCACGCCGCCUCCGCGGGCCCCGCCGGAGUGCCGCCGGACGCUGCCUCGAGAUUUCAGAAUCACCACAGCGACCUACGAACACCGUGCAACACUUACCCAAGCUUAG